GAGCAGUGAGGUGUUUGGGGGAAAAAAAAGAGGUUAGACGGAGGAAACGCAGACCUCAGACCAGCCCACUUCCCCUCACUCUCCAGUCAUCCUCAUCCCGGUAUCCGCUUGGAAAUCUGACCGCGGAUCAGCACCACUCCGCCCCUCGUCUUUUCCUUUUUCUUUUUUCUUUUUUUUUUUUUUUCCACACCACCGGAGCUCCACACACACACACACACACACACACACACACAAAACCGAGACCAGAGGAAACCGUGCAGCUCGCUCCUCCGUAAAGCCCAGGUCCAAGACGGGACCCAACACCGAGGGGGGACUAAGGCUGCUGCUAGGAACCGACGGAGAAGGACUUUCAACGCGACAAGGAAAGAAGAAAAAGGGGAGAGGGAGAGCGGAGAGACGCAUUUAUCGCGUUUAUUUAUCGGGGACUGGCUCCGCUGGAGAAUAAAAAAAACAGGGAGAAGGAGGAGGAGGAGUAGUAUUACAGCUAAUUUCCAACAUUUUCUAUUCUUGGCAGCGAAGCGUGUGGCCACAUUUAUAAAGGGAGCUAGCGGAAUGUAAUGCUACAGGCUAGCCGAGGUUAGCUGGAUAAUUAGCUCGUCGCGAGAGUCGUUUGAUCUUUAUUCUCAAAUAGGUCACUGCGUUUUUUUUUGUUUUUUUUAAUUUUUAUUUUUUAUUUUAGGGAGGGGGGAAAAAAAAGGCUGCACUUAAGUACCUUUUAAUGUGUGAUGAUAUCACAAUGCUCUGCCUCGCAUAGCUAAAAAGCUAAGUUAGAUAAUAAGCAGUUCUUAUAUCUUAUAUUUAUGGAAAUCUGAUUUAAAAAAAAAAACGAAGAAAGAAGCUAUUGCGGAGCUGUGGAUACAAACAACAACAGCAACACACAAAAAAAGGUCGGGGGAUCAUGGACCGGGAAAGGGACGUGGUCGAGGCGGCCGCCGGACCCGCUGCGGCCGGGGGUCCGGCUGCUGUUGUCCGGGGGAUGAAGCGCGGAGACCCGGAGCCCGACGCUCAGACGGCGGCUGCCCUCGCCGACUUGUCCGGGGCGGAGUGCAAAAGACCGAGGAUAGACGGGACCGGGGGUGUCGUCGUCGGAGACAUCGGACAGAACAAUGAGCCUUUAAACCCCGGUUUCCAUGGAUACCCACCUCACAGUCAGGGCUCUCAGGAUUCGACAGGAGGACAGGACGGCUUGGUGGCCCCGCCCUUCGCAGCCUUCCCCCCGCCACCCCCUCCUCAGAACGGGCUAACGGGAACGGAGUUUGGCCCCGUGGCCAUGUUUGGUGCCGGGGGCCAAGGCGCAGCAGAUGUGGGGGCUGGUGCUAACGGAGCCAGCGCCGCCAGCAACAGCAACAAUGGUAAAGCAGAGGAGGCGUCUCAGGGCGAGGCGGGCGUCCAGUGCGGGGCAGGAGGGACGGGAGCAGGAGGCUCCACGGGAGACUCGUCAGAGGCCAAAGGGACGCCCAAACGCCUCCACGUCUCAAACAUCCCCUUCCGCUUCCGAGACCCGGACCUCAGGCAGAUGUUUGGGCAAUUCGGGAAGAUUCUGGACGUAGAGAUUAUUUUUAACGAGAGGGGCUCAAAGGGGUUCGGCUUCGUGACAUUUGAGACCAGCGCGGAUGCAGAGAAGGCCAGAGAAAAGCUCCACGGCACUUUGGUGGAAGGUCGCAAGAUUGAGGUGAAUAACGCCACCGCCAGGGUGAUGACUAACAAGAAAAUGGUCAGCCCCUACCCUAACGGAGAGGCCCUCAGCACGCUGCCCUAUGCAGGGUGGAAAUUGAGUCCUAUGGUUGGAGCCGUGUACGGACCGGAGAUCUACGCAGUCCCAGGGUUUCCUUACCCGUCAGCGGCGGCGGCCGCCACGACGGCGGCGGCGGCGGCGUUCCGUGGCGCCCACCUCCGAGGCCGAGGCCGGCCCGUCUACAGCGCCGUGCGCGCCGCCGUGCCUCAACCUGCCAUCCCCGCCUACCCUGGUGUGGUGUAUCAGGAUGGCUUUUACGGAGCGGCAGACUUAUACGGAGGAUACCCCGCUGCCGCCGCCGCCGCCGCCGCCUACCGCUACGCCCAGCCCGCCGCCGUGACCGGAGCGACCGCUGCUGCUGCCGCCUACAGCGACAGCUAUGGCCGGGUGUACACCACAGAUCCAUACCACGCUUUAACUCCAGCUGCUGCUGCGUACGGAGUGGGAGCCAUGGCCAGUUUAUAUCGGGCUGGAUACAGUAGGUUUGCUCCUUACUAAAAAAAACAAAAAAAAAACAAAAAAACCACGAACCACAUCCAAGGAAUUUCACUUUCCUCCAAAAAACAACAACAGAAAAAAAAAAAAAACCCUUUUCCAAGCUCUUUGUUUGGCAGGAGCUCCCCUCCAUUUUUCUGCAGGCAGACUCCACUGACAAAUCAUGUGUUUUUUUGUUUUUCCUUUCUCUGGUUCUUUUUUUUUUUUUUUUUUGUGGCAAGAGUGGUCACUACUGCCACAUCAUCGACUCGAAACUCUUCUGUCUGUCGCUGACAUGGAAACAAAAGAAAAAGAAAACUGCCAGGACACGAGUGUCUCCUAUAUAUAUAUAUAUAUAUAUAUAUAUAUAUAUAUAUAUAUAUAUAUAUAUAUAUAUAACCAAAAAAAGAAAAAAAAAGCUGGAGCCUGCUACACUUUGAGCUGCGGAGCCGCGAUUUGGGACGUUUUUAACCUGAAAGGAGAAAGACUGCUGUUCCUGUGUGACCCACCCGACUCGUCCCGUCCCCACGAAGAGUUUCUGAACUUAUAUAUCCACUGCCCUGUUAAUCAGACCUAUAUAGACAUAGAAAUAUAAAGACACUCUUGCAUUCGAGUCCUCUACGUUUUUUCCUUCAGCGUCGGAUCCCAGAGCUAACGCCACAGCACCACUACAAAUAAGGUACUUUUUGUUUGUUUUGUUUUGUUUUGUUUUUUUUUAAACACUACAUCGUCGCAGAGCUGCCACCUCGGACGUCCCUCUGAUUUAACGUCGUGUUGAUAAUGGAAAGAAACAGAGCGCCCUCCCCUCCCCAACCUCAACCACAACCACCACCACCCACUUUGAUGCAGAAGACAUAGGAAUCCUUCUUAUUGUUAUUAUGUUAUUAUUAUUAUUUUUUUUGGGACUACUCAGCCGGAGGGAGCUGUUUAACUACGAACAAUAUGGCAUGUCUAUUCCUUUGUUGUCAUUUUCUGAGAUUUCCCAACUUUUUCCCUUAAAAACAUUUAAAAAAAAAAAAAAAAAAGGAAGCAAACAAACAAACAAACAAAAAAAACGACAAGGAAAAAAAAAUAAUGUUUUUCUGCAUUACCUCAGUUCUCUUUGCCUCUUUUGUGUUUUGCUGUUAAAAAAAAAAAACAAACAAAAACAACAAAAAAAAUGCAUUGAAACGUACUUUAAACAACGGAGCCAUUGAUUUAUUAGUAGCAUUUUUUUAAAAACAAAACGCAACAACACUACAACCACGACCUGAACUGACCCGGUAGGUGCAGUUUGUCCCUUAUGCCCACGGCUCGUCCCUGAUCCGCUCCUUUGAAACGCUGCUUCCAAAAAAGGACUUUCUAUCUCCUGAGACAUUCCAGCUGUACUGCGGUUACCGAAUGGAUCAGACGGACAAAGAACCAAACUAGAUUUAGCCCUCGGCCACGUGGGAAGCCGAUCAUCAGCCGGACUGCAGUUAACCCCCCCUCCACACACCCCUACACCCAACCCCGUCCCCUCCCGGCCAGCUGAGGUAUUUAUUAUUCCAGCCUUCGGGGGCUUUUUUGAGGCUUCAGGUGGAGUCUGUGUCUGAGUCUGUGUCAGCAGAUCCCAGAUUAGAGUAGGGAGAUCUUGUUUUUUUUUUUUUUCUAUUUAUAAUCAUAGUUUUCACAUCGUUUUCCUUUUACCGGUGCAUCUGAAGGCGUCAUAAAUAAAAAAAAAUAAAUAAAAUAAAAAAACAAUUAAAACAACAAAAAAAUAAGGACAAUUUACAGAUCAAGUCUCGGUCCUGCACGUGUCUCCAUAUAUCCUCACUGUGUUGUUAUCGUUUGCCUUUUUUUUUUUUUUUUUUUUUGGUUCCAAAGAUUUUCCGAAGAAAGCACAUUUUUUUUUUUUUUUUUUUUGGUCCUGACGUAUUUCUUAUAUUUGUGGUUGUUUUUUCCUCUACUUCAUCAUCUUUCUCACUCUCUCUCUCUCUUUCUCGCUCUCUCUCUCUAUAUAUAUAUAUUAUAUUAUAUAUUUUUUAUUUUGUUUUUCUUGAUGAUGUGGGCUGAAGCUGUACUUGCAGUGUUGUGGCAGCGUCAGCAGACGUUGCAGCAAUUUGGGAAACCGGCAAGUUUUAAUUUAGCUCUCAAGCUAAUUUAUUUUUAUUAUUUUUUUUUUAUUUUGUUUUUUUUAUUUUUUAUUUUUUAUUUUUUCACUUGGCGUGGAUGCAGAGGUGAGAAGCUGCAGACAAGGGAAAUGAGAUGGGAGUCAUGAGGGAUGCACAGGGAUAGAGAGAGGAUACUUUGAGUUGCUUUUACCAGCAAAUUACAAGUGAAUUAGCAGAGAUGUGGGGGAGGAGAGGGGAGUCAAAGAGGCCCUGAGGCCCAGCAGAGGCACCUUCUGAACAAUGAAACAGUGAGCGAGGGCGGCCAGGUGAAGGUGAGAAGCUGAGCCAUAAAUCAUCAGCUGACAGAAGAACAACGCCCCCUGCUGUCUCUUUCUCUUUUUUGUUUUUUUUUUUGUUUUUUUAUUAAUGGGGUACAGUUUGCUCAGGGUUGAGCGGACACGAGCGAGGACGGAUGACGUCGUUGUUGUUGUUGUUGUUGUUGUUGUUGUGUGAUUGUGAAACCGCGUGCAGUAGGUCCAAAUGAGUAUUAAUUACCUCUCGUUUUUGUCUUAUUAUUCCUUACAAGUAUUAUCAGAAGUGUUGCUACGCAUGCUUUUUGCAGCAAAGGACGAGAGAGAGAAAGCAAAAAGAAAGGAGGAAGGUUUUUUUUUUUGUUUUUUUGUUUUUUAAUUUUAUUUUAUUUUUUUUCCAUUUGUGCAUGAAAUCAUAGUGCUGGAGGAGGAACGGGUGUGUUUACAUAGCAGCGAGAGGAAGGAAGUGUUAUGUGAUGCGAGGCGACAGGGGUGACGAGGAAUCUCGGUAAAGGUCCAGCGUGAAGUGUCAGAGCAUGGGGGGGGUUCAGGGGGGAGGCAGGGGGGGAGGGAUAUGGAGGGUGGGUGAGAAGCAAGUGGUUGUUUUUACCGAGUCGGCCCACUUCAAUAAUCUCUGCUGUGCGCCUCUGUGGUAACCACCAGUCAUAUCUGAUGAUGUGUGAAGUUUAAUUUGAUCCGUCUAGGCCGCUGUGGUUUGCUUUUAUAAUGACAAUAAAAAAAUCUAGAUAUUAAAAAAAAAAAAAAAUGGCCCACGUCGUUAUCGGUCUGUAGAAAUAAAAGUUCCUGCACAGGGUUGAAACGGUGGCGGCCGUGACUGUGCUGCAGAGUCUCCUCCUGCACGUUUCUUUUUCUUUCUUCUUUUUGUUUUGUUUCCUCUAAUUGGGAGUUGAUCUCAUUCGGAAGGCAGCGAUAUAUAUAUAUAUAUGUGUGUGUGUGUAUAUAUAUAUAUAUAUAUAUAUAUAUAAGCAAACCUGACCCCCCCUUCGCCUCCAUCCAGCCUCCCGUCCCGUCCCCCCUGCCCACUGCUCCCAAUCUGCGCAAGUCGUCCGUCUGGGUGGGAGUUGCUGUAUAGCCAUUUAAUAAAUGGGUUUGAACUGCAUGUGGAGUUAUUCUGUAUUUUUCUUUUUUAUUUUAUUUUAUUUUAUUUUUUGGGGGGGGGUCACAUGCUCUACAAAAGCUCAGUCAUCCAAGUGAUUUUUUUUUUUUUUUACAAGUGUAUUUUCUCACAAUGUUUUAUUUUUGCCAUCAUUGUGUCUGCCUUCUGUUUAUUCUCUUCAUUAUUAUUGAAUGUAUAUAAUAAAUAAACUGUUUGGUUUUUAA